AUGUCAAUGACACUGGCAACUACAUGGGUGAGGCGGGGAGUCGCCGCUCAGUUUCCCACGAAAUAUCAGGUCGACGAAGCCGAACUCGGUCGCAUCUCGAAACUCGCCCGGCUGCAACUAGAAGAUGCACAAGAAGAUUUAGAGAUCGCACAGAACCCUAAAAAGGACGAUGAUUCCGACACUUCAGAAUCGGACUCGGGUUUGCCUGCAGCCGACGCUGCGCGGUCAAGCAAGACCGCCGCCGACGAGACGGACGACCUCAAAGAAUACAACCUAGAUGACUACGACAACGACGCGGUCGACGAGCAAGGCGAGAAGUUCGCAAUGUUCGGCAAUGUGGGCUCAUUGGCAUAUCAUGCACCACAUGAAAAAGAUCCAUAUCUUGUACUACCCGACGGAGAGCAGGAUUCCGACGAAGACAGAGAAGAUCUACAGAUAUUGCCUUCGGAUAACUUGAUCCUGGCGGCCAAGGUCGAAGACGAGGUGGCUCAGCUGGAGGUCUUUGUAUACGAAGAUGAGGCAGACAACCUGUACGUGCACCACGACAUCAUGCUUCCCGCCGUGCCUCUGUGUGUGGAAUGGAUAAAUGUCCCGGUGGGCAAUGACGCAGGAAAGCGUACCGCGGGAAAUUUCGUCGCGGUCGGCACAAUGAGCCCGGAGAUCGAGGUGUGGGAUUUGGACAUGGUUGAUAGCAUGUACCCGAACGCGAUACUGGGCCAGGAGCCUACGGCUGAGGUGACGGGUGAAUCUGACAAACAGGACGGGGAGGGUUCGAAAGCCAGCAGCAAGAAGAAGUCGAAAAAAAAGAAAAAGAAGGCUAAGGCCAACGAUGAGUAUCAUGUUGACGCUGUCUUGGCGCUGGCUGCCAACAGACAUCAUCGGAACCUGCUUGCAUCGGCCUCGGCAGACAAGACUGUUAAGCUCUGGGACCUCAAUACGGGCAAGUGCGCGAAGUCAUAUACCAUGCAUUCUGACAAGGUUUGCGCCCUGGACUGGCAUCCGACAGAAACCACUGUGCUUCUGAGUGGCAGUUACGACCGGACCGUCAUCGCAACGGACAUGCGAGCACCAGAUGCGGUUGCGCCGAAAUGGGUUGUCGAGGCCGACGUUGAGAAGGUGAAAUGGGAUGUGCAUGACCCCAACUUCUUCUUUGUCACAACCGAGGCUGGCACAGUGCACUAUUUCGAUGCUCGCAACGUCCCUACUUCCCACGACGGACCAAGCAAGCCCGUUUGGACGCUGCAAGCCCACGAUGGAGCAGUGAGCUCCUUCGACGUCAAUCCCACUGUUCCGGGACUGCUGGCAACCGGAUCCGAUGACAAGAAGGUCAAACUAUGGAACGUGGAGGACAACAAGCCCAGCAUGGUUGUCUCGAGGAAUCUCGACGUGGGUCGUGUCUUUGCAGUCCAGUUUGCACCGGACCCAGAAGUUGCUUUCAGGCUCUCCGUUGCCGGAAGUAAGGGCCGACUCCAAGUCUGGGACAUCAGCACCAACCCCAGCGUGAGAAAUGUAUUUGCCGGUAAAGUCAAAUUACCUGAAACGAACGGCAAGGAGAGAUUUGUGGCCAUUAAUGACCAUGGCGACGACGAAAGUGACGAUGAGGAGGGCAUUGGGGAGGAAGGAGGCGUACAGACAGGCGCCGGUGGACGAGACUGGGAACCGAUGGACGAAGAUUGA